UUCAGCUCCUUGGGCAUGUGCCACCUGCGCACAGGGUGGGCGAAUCCUCGUCCCGGGGCGCGGCUACGCGGGGCUGAGCCCAGGGCUGCGCCCGGCUCCGGAAACAGCCUCGCGCUCCCCGCGGUUUCACUUCUCCCUCUGCCAACCUGUGUCUGCUCCUUCUGCCUGGACACUGGUGACGCUGCCGCGCUUCUCAAGCCCAUUGCCUGCGGGCUCCCAGCCCAACCAAUCAGGGAUGCCGCGUCUCCGGUUAUAAAGUCCUCACAGGGCGCAGGGACUCACGAGUCCCCAACUCCCGAGGGUGGGAGUGAUGGCGCCCCGAACCCUCCUGCUGCUGCUCUCGGGGGCGCUGGUCCUGACCGAGACCCGCGCGGGCUCCCACUCCCUGCGCUACUUC